AGCCGAGGGCUGCAGUGAUGGCACGGCAGGAACACGGCUGCAGUCGCUUCUCUUUAUUUCUGUUGAAGGAGGGUGGUGGUUUGCCAGUUCAUUUUGGGCGUUUUGUGAAAUUUGAUAAUGAAUCCCUUGUGUGUCUCUAUGUAACAGACCAUGUAACAAAGGACCAUUUCUUCGUAAAUAUGGAGGGCGAUUGUAAGUAUGAAUCUGUUUUCUUGGAGGUUUUGACUGCUCCUGUCCUUGCAGGCGUUUUGGAUGUCUUGCCAGAAGAGCUGCAUCUGGAGUAUUACAACUGCAGAGCAAAGAAUAUCAUUGGGAAUUACAUAAAUGCUGUUAGUUGUACAAUGGAAAAAUCGUCUGCUUCAGUUGAAAGCUUUAAAUGCAUCUACAAAAGCAAUUUGCUCUCUGCUUUCAAGAACAUGGGCACCCAGCCAUCACCUGCCUUUGGACUGGGAGGACAGCAAACAUCAAGCUUCUGCCUCACCUUCAAGUGGUGCUUUGUUUUGACAGACUGCCAGUGGCUGUCCAGUGCCUCUGGACAUCACGUCACCUCAGCGUCUGCUGCAGUCACCAACACCACCGCCUCAGAGAAGUUAUUUACACCCAAGAGCGAAUUAUCAGCUGAAGAGUGGCAACAGUUUGAAGCAAAGGAGUUCACCAUUGGAAAGAUUCCUCUUAAGCCACCCCCAUUAGAACUUUUAAAUGCUUAUGACCUUUUAAAUUUAUUCAGAAGUAACAUGUUUUGAAAUCAAAUCAAAGGCUUCCAUUUUGUUACUUUUUGUCUCCUCUCUCAAGUCUCUUCUGCAGGAAUAAACCCCCAGUUAUAAACAUUGGAA